AUGAAUUGCGUGGGUCGUCAGAAGAAGCACAUACUGCGGAGCCAAUGGCCACGGCUGCAUAUCGACGAAGAUAUCCUUCUCAUUAAGGACGAGAGCACGAAAACCGACAGAGUAGUAGUACCAGGCAGCCUCAUACACGGGGUCCUCACGGAUCUACACAACGAGUUAGGCCACGUCGGACAAGCCAAGACAGAAGCCGCCACUCGGCAACGAUUUUGGUGGCCCCAUCUACGAGAACACGUCGCCACCUUCUGCAAUACAUGCACCACGUGCGCGACGUUCAAGGCACCUAGACAACUCCCACGUGCACCGUUGCAACCCAUGCACACUAGCUUUCCGUUCCAGCGGCUGGGCCUGGACAUCCUCGGGCCCCUCCCCUUUACGACAACCGGUCAUCGGUUCAUACUGGUGAUGGUGGAUUAUUUCACCAAAUGGGCAGAGGCUGUGCCGCUAUUACGACAGGACGCAGUGUCGCUCACCAACGCAAUCUUUAACAACUGGAUUUGCCGGUUCGGUGUUCCGUUGUCAAUACAUCCCGACUGCGGGGCUAACUUCGACAGCAAACUGCUGCAAGAGGUUUGUGAACUCCUCGAUAUCUACAAAACUCGCACCACUCCAGCACAUCCCGAAGGCAACGGAUUGGUUGAACGAACUAACCGUACCUUGAAUCAACUGUUGAAGGCGUUCGCGGAAGACCAUCACCCCCAAGACUGGGAUAAACGACUACCGUGUGCCAUGAUGGCGUACCGCGCUAACACACACACGUCGACGGGCUACCCACCUUUCUUUAUGCUAACCGGACGUCAAUUUCGCCUUCCCGCAGAUUCACGGUUCCCACAACCUGCCGCAAACGAAUACGCACCAGAUAGCUACGUUUGGCAGCUGCAGGAUUUGCUACGCUCCACCUACACACUCGCACGUAACCACCUAGGAGCAGCCGCCGAACGACAGAAAACAUACUUUGACCGUCAAGUCCACGGCAACCCUUACCAACUAGGCGAUUUGAUUUGGCGUUUCCGACCAGUACCACCCUUAGGAACGGCGGCCAAGUUCUUUUACCCGUGGGAAGGACCAUUCGUUGUUGUCGAUGUCAUACACCACACCACGUAUGUAUUGCGCGAUGCUUCACGCCCCGACGGACCCACCUUCACCACCCACUUCGACAAGCUAAAACCCUAUAGAGGGCGACUACCCACCGCCACCGCGGACGUAACCCCCAUCAUUCCCCCACAUUUAGUUCCCACCCCAGUGGUUGAAGAAACAGUGGACAUGACCCAGCCAGACAGCCCUGCGGACAGGGCUCCAUCUGAGGAGGGGGGUAUGUAAGAACCGAAAAGGCAAGUUUGUUUAAAAAGAGAGGAAGAACGGGCGAGCGGGAAAAGAAAAGGAGGCGGGAGGUUUCGUGCCGUGGUUUGAGUGCGCCUUCUCUCUGGUGUUUCAGGUGAGGACGGCGAACGUGAACAAGGAAACACCCAAAACCCCGUGGAUGUCGUACCUCCGAGGCCACCCACCUGA